UUUAUAUGUUGAUGUAGGUAAGAUUUGUAUACCUUUAUUAUCUGUUCUUAUCCCCCAUAGCCACCAUGAUUCAAAUUUCAUAGUAGCUGAUCGUUCCUACCUGUGUUUGGGGCAAUAUGCAGAAAAACUUUCAACUUUUGUAAAAUAACGAAGGUCUGGCGCGCGCUGGCUCUCUCUCUAUGUGCAUGUUAUUAGUCUAAGCAUGGCGGUGUGUAUGCGCCUGACAUUCCCGUUUCGUAGCCGCUUUGGUCGUGCAGCUGACCAAGAAGGCUGUUAUUUAUCAAACUACGAUCGCAUGAUACAAGUCGACGUUCCUUUCACACCAAUAGAUGGCACUACUUGUCAAAAAUAUAUUUGCCAGUCCACUAAACAGAUCUUCGUUGAAGGAUGCAGUCCAAGAGCAUUUUCCGACAAUUGCGAAAUGAUCCCUUCAGAUUUCACCAAAGCAUUCCCGGAAUGCUGCUGGAAGUUCCUCUGCACUCUUCCUGAUGGAAAGGUCGUUGAAGUCGCUUAACUUCAGCGUGACUUCGGCACUCCGUUAACAUGAUCAAGAGGACAUACACUAAAAUAGUUUUACAAGUUUCUAUAUUAUGACAAAAACGGCUUUCUUUGAAACGAAAAUCAGAACAAUAUAAUAUAAAACAUUUUGA